AUGUCAAUCAGCUCCGUUUCACCAGGUGGAUUCAAUCCGGCAGAUUUUUCUGACCCGGAAUAUAUGGAUCUGGGUGACAAUCCAACGGAUGCAUUAGCUAAAACAAGUGAAGAGCUACAACGGAAUUUGGAAUUGAAUCGUGCCCGUAACAAAGACGAAAAUGUGUGGCACUUGUUGCACGAAUUAGACCGGCGAACCCGACUGCUAUCCAAAUGGCACAAUCUUCGAGCGCUGCGUUUCGGAUAG